UUGCACUCUCUCUCCUUUUCUCCCUCUCUCCCAGGUGAUGCAGGUCGUCAAUGCGGACGCCGUCGUGGUCAAGCUUAACUCUGGCGAGUACAAGACCAUCCACUUGUCCAGCAUCCGACCCCCCAGGAUCGAGGGCGAGGAGAAGAACAAAGACAAAGACAAGCGUUUCCGUCCCAUCUACGACAUCCCCUACAUGUUCGAGGCCCGCGAGUUCAUGAGGAAGAAGAUCAUUGGCAAGAAGGUGAACGUGACGGUGGACUACAUCAGAGCUGCCACCAGCUCCUCAGAGACCAGCACCAUCCCCGCCUUUGCAGAACGCACCUGUGCCACGGUCACCAUCGGCGGCAUUAACAUAGCCGAGGCGUUGGUCAGUAAAGGUUUUGCCACGGUCAUCCGCUACAGACAGGAUGAUGACCAGCGUUCAUCUCACUACGACGAGCUACUGGCUGCAGAGGCACGGGCAAUCAAGAACGGGAAAGGGCUGCAUAGCAAGAAGGAGGUCCCCAUCCACAGAGUGGCUGAUAUAUCUGGGGAAACACAGAAGGCCAAGCAGUUCCUGCCUUUCCUCCAGAGAGCGGGCCGCUCAGAGGCAGUGGUAGAAUACGUGUUCAGUGGCUCCCGCCUCAAACUCUACAUGCCCAAAGAGACCUGCCUCAUCACCUUCCUCCUCGCCGGUAUCGAGUGUCCGCGCGGCUCCAGGAACAUGCCCGGCGGCAUGCAGGUGGCUGAGCCCUUCAGCGACGAGGCCAUGGCCUUCACCAAGGAGCUGGUACUACAGAGAGAGGUAAGCGCAACAUUCAUUUUGGCUCCAAUUUCUUUGAUUUCAGUGGUUUUACUUGCGACUGGAUGUUUGGCUGGUUUUGCGGUCAGACAUUGGAUCACAUUCGACCUCCAGUUUCAUUUAGUCUCCUGGCCUUCUUUAGUCUGGUUUUUGAUGACUCUGGGUGUGUUUGUAAAUUCACUCUGCAGUGCCAGAGUGUGCUCAGUGUGCUCAGGGCAUUUGUAAAUUCAGAGUGUUGUC